CCCGGCAGAGGGAAGGAGUUAAGGGAAGGAGGGGCAGCGCUCGGUUUUGUGCGUGCUGGUGGGGAGAGGGGAUUGGUUAUCAUGGCGGAUCGGACAGCUCCUAGAUGCCAGCUCCGUCUGGAGUGGGUUUACGGGUACAGGGGUCACCAGUGCCGCAACAACCUGUACUACACGGCAGGCAAAGAGGUGGUUUACUUCGUGGCUGGAGUCGGCGUGGUCUAUAACACCAGAGAGCACAGCCAGAAAUUCUUCCUCGGGCACAACGAUGAUAUUAUCAGCCUUGCAGUUCACCCAGAUAAAACUUUAGUAGCUACAGGGCAGGUUGGGAAGGAUCCUUACAUUUGCAUCUGGGAUUCCUACCGUGUACAGACUGUGUCUGUUCUUAAGGAUGCCCAUACACAUGGAGUUGCCUGCUUGGCUUUUGAUUCAGAUGGCCAGCAUUUAGCUUCAGUGGGACUGGAUGCCAAAAAUACAGUGUGUAUUUGGGACUGGAAGAGAGGAAAACUACUGGCAACAGCUACAGGCCAUUCAGACAGGAUAUUUGAUAUUUCCUGGGAUCAGUAUCAACCAAAUAGAAUUGUCAGCUGUGGAGUAAAACACAUAAAGUUUUGGACAUUAUGUGGAAAUGCCCUGACAGCAAAGAGAGGAAUAUUUGGUAAAACAGGAGAUCUCCAAACUAUCCUUUGUUUAGCAUGUGCAAAAGAAGAUAUCACGUACUCUGGUGCUUUAAAUGGAGACAUCUACGUCUGGAAAGGGCUAAACUUGGUCCGCACGAUUCAAGGAGCACACAGUGCUGGAAUUUUUAGUAUGUAUGCUUGUGAGGAAGGUUUUGCCACUGGAGGGAGAGAUGGUUGCAUUCGGUUAUGGGACACUGAUUUCAAACCAAUUACUAAAAUUGAUCUCAGGGAGACUGAACAAGGAUACAAAGGUUUGUCCAUCCGAAGUGUCUGCUGGAAAGCGGACAGACUUUUGGCAGGGACACAGGACAGUGAAAUAUUUGAGGUGCUAGUGAGAGAGAGAGAUAAACCCAUGCUGAUCAUGCAGGGUCAUUGUGAAGGGGAGCUCUGGGCCCUGGCAGUCCAUCCAAAGAAGCCUCUAGCAGUCACAGGCAGUGAUGAUCGAUCUGUACGAUUAUGGAGUCUUGCUGACCAUGCCUUGAUAGCCCGGUGCAAUAUGGAAGAAGCAGUGAGGAGCGUGUCUUUCAGUCCAGACGGAUCCCAGUUAGCACUUGGAAUGAAGGAUGGCUCCUUCAUUGUUCUGAGAGUACGGGACAUGACAGAGGUAGUUCAUAUUAAAGACCGAAAAGAAGUGAUCCACGAGAUGAAGUUUUCACCAGACGGCUCUUACCUGGCGGUGGGCUCUAACGACGGCCCGGUGGAUAUCUAUGCGGUUGCCCAGCGGUACAAAAAAAUAGGAGAAUGCAACAAAUCUGCUAGUUUUAUAACUCACAUUGACUGGUCUGUGGAUAGUAAAUUCUUGCAAACCAAUGAUGGUGCAGGAGAGAGACUGUUCUACAAGAUGCCAUCUGGGAAGCAUCUAACUAGCAAAGAAGAGAUAAAGGGAAUUCACUGGGCCUCAUGGACCUGUGUGAUAGGAUCUGAAGUGAAUGGAAUUUGGCCAAAAUAUACAAACAUUACAGAUGUCAACUCUGUGGAUGGAAAUUACAACAGCUCACUGCUAGUGACUGGAGAUGAUUUUGGACUGGUUAAAUUAUUCAGAUUUCCAUGCCUAAAGAAAGGAGCUAAAUUUAGAAAAUACGUUGGCCAUUCAGCACAUGUAACCAAUGUCCGUUGGUCCCAUGAUUUUCAGUGGGUUUUAAGUACAGGAGGUGCUGACCACUCUGUUUUUCAGUGGCGUUUUAUUCCAGAAGGGAUAACAAAUGGCAUCCUUGAAACCUCUCCACAAGAGGGUGGUGUUGAUUCCUACAGUGAAGAAUCUGAUUCAGAUUUAUCUGAUGUGCCAGAGUUAGAUUCUGACAUUGAGCAGGAAACUCAAAUCAACUAUGAUCGCCAGGUUUACAAAGAAGACCUACCUCAGCUGAAACAGCAAAGUAAAGAGAAAAACCAUUCUGUGCCCUUUCUUAAAAGAGAGCGAGCGCCUGAGGACAGUUUAAAGCUGCAGUUUAUACAUGGUUAUAGAGGCUAUGACUGUCGAAAUAACUUGUUCUACACACAAACUGGAGAAGUGGUGUAUCACAUUGCUGCUGUAGCUGUUGUAUAUAACAGGCAACAACACACUCAGCGGCUGUAUCUUGGUCAUGAUGAUGACAUCCUCAGCCUAAGCAUUCACCCAGUGAAAGACUAUGUUGCUACAGGACAGGUUGGAAGAGAUGCUGCUAUCCAUGUUUGGGACACACAGACACUGAAAUGUUUAUCAUUACUCAAAGGCCAGCAUCAAAGAGGAGUGUGUGCACUGGAUUUUUCAGCUGAUGGAAAGUGUUUGGCAUCUGUUGGGCUAGAUGAUAAUCAUGCCAUUGUGUUUUGGGAUUGGAAAAAAGGAGAAAAGCUAGCAACAACCAGGGGCCAUAAAGAUAAAAUAUUUGUAGUAAAGUGUAAUCCACAUCAUGUUGACAGACUAGUCACAGUUGGUAUGAAGCACAUCAAAUUUUGGCACCAAACAGGUGGAGGCUUUACAUCAAAACGAGGAACAUUUGGAACUACUGGAAAAUUAGAAACUAUGAUGAGUGUUUCAUAUGGGCGACUAGAUGAUCUUGUUUUUUCUGGUGCUGCUACUGGAGACAUUUAUAUCUGGAAGGAUGCUGUGUUGCUUAAGACAGUGAAAGCCCAUGAUGGACCUGUAUUUGCCAUGCAUGCAUUGGAUAAGGGGUUUGUAACUGGUGGAAAAGAUGGAAUUGUGGCACUUUGGGAUGAUAUGUUUGAAAGAUGUCUGAAGACAUAUGCCAUUAAAAGAGCAGCACUAUCUGCUAGUUCUAAAGGUUUACUUUUAGAAGAUAAUCCUGCUAUUCGAGCCAUCAGUCUAGGACACGGGCAUAUACUAGUGGGAACUAAAAAUGGAGAGAUACUUGAAAUUGAUAAAAGUGGUCCUAUGACUCUGCUUGUUCAGGGACAUAUGGAAGGAGAAGUCUGGGGCUUGGCAGCUCAUCCUCUCUUGCCUGUUUGUGCAACAGUGAGUGAUGAUAAAACACUACGGAUCUGGGAGCUUUCAUCCCAGCACCGCAUGCUGGCAGUGAGGAAACUCAAAAAAGGUGGACGAUGCUGUGCCUUUUCUCCUGAUGGGAAAGCCUUGGCUGUUGGGUUGAAUGAUGGGAGUUUUCUGGUGGUGAAUGCUGACACUGUUGAAGAUAUGGUCUCUUUUCACCACAGAAAGGAAAUGAUCUCAGAUAUAAAGUUUUCACGAGAAUCUGGAAAGUACCUGGCUGUGGCAUCCCAUGACAAUUUUGUUGAUAUUUACAAUGUACUUACCAGCAAAAGAGUUGGCAUUUGUAAAGGUGCAUCAAGCUACAUCACACACAUUGACUGGGACUCCAGAGGGAAGUUAUUGCAAGUCAAUUCUGGUGCCAAAGAACAACUAUUUUUUGAAGCACCAAGGGGGAAAAGACAUAUUAUAAGAAUUGCUGAGAUAGAGAAGAUUGAGUGGGACACCUGGACGUGUGUUCUUGGUCCUACCUGUGAAGGCAUUUGGCCCAUGCACAGUGAUGUCACCGUGGUAAAUGCAGCUAGUCUGACAAAAGACAGAGCAUUGUUAGCUACAGGAGAUGACUUUGGGUUUGUGAAGCUUUUCUCAUACCCAGUGAAGGGCCAGCAUGCAAAAUUCAAGAAGUACGUGGGGCACAGUGCCCAAGUGACCAACGUGCGGUGGUUGCACAAUGAUUCUGUUCUCCUGACCGUGGGAGGGGCUGAUACAGCUUUGAUGAUCUGGACCAGAGAAUUUUUGGGCAUUCAGGAGAGUAAGCUGGUUGAUAGUGAAGAAUCAGACACAGAUGCAGAAGAGGAUGGAGGUUAUGAUAGUGAUGUUGCAAGAGAAAAAGCAAUUGACUAUACCACUAAGAUCUAUGCAGUAAGCAUCCGAGAAAUGGAAGGGACAAAACCACAUCAGCAGCUGAAGGAAGUGUCAGUAGAAGAGAGGCAGGGAAUUGUCAAGGGAUCAAGGCCGCCAGUUAGCAGAGCUGCUCCUCAACCUGAAAAACUGCAAAAGAACAAUAUCAACAAAAAAAAGAAACUGGUUGAGGAGCUGGCUUUAGACCAUGUUUUUGGAUACAGAGGAUUCGAUUGCCGCAACAACCUUCAUUACCUGAAUGAUGGUGCUGACAUUAUUUUCCACACAGCUGCAGCAGGCAUAGUUCAAAAUCUUUCUACUGGUAGUCAGAGUUUCUACCUGGAGCACACUGAUGACAUUCUCUGCCUAACUGUGAAUCAACAUCCAAAGUAUAAAAAUAUCGUGGCUACCAGCCAGAUCGGUGAUAUGACAGAAUUUUCAGGUACAACUCCCACAAUUCAUGUAUGGGAUGCUAUGAGUAAGCAAACGAUUUCAAUGCUCCGUUGCUUCCAUACCAAAGGGGUCAACUAUGUGAACUUCAGUGCAACUGGGAAACUUCUGGUUUCACUGGGAGUUGAUCCAGAACAUACUAUCACAGUGUGGAGGUGGCAAGAAGGGGCUAAAGUUGCUAGCAGGGGAGGACACCUGGAGAGGAUAUUCGUUGUAGAGUUCCGCCCAGAUUCAGACACUCAGUUUGUGUCUGUUGGGGUGAAACACAUGAAGUUCUGGACGUUGGCUGGCAGUGCUUUGCUGUACAAGAAAGGAGUCAUUGGUUCCAUGGAAGAUGCCAAAAUGCAAACCAUGCUUUCUGUUGCCUUCGGAGCAAAUAACCUUACCUUUACUGGUGCCAUAAAUGGAGAUGUCUACGUCUGGAAGGAUCAUUUCCUGGUCAGACUUGUGGCAAAAGCACACACAGGGCCUGUGUUUACCAUGUACACGACUCUUCGAGAUGGACUCAUUGUCACGGGAGGGAAGGAGAGACCCACUAAAGAAGGGGGAGCUGUGAAGCUGUGGGAUCAGGAGAUGAAGCGGUGCCGGGCGUUCCAGCUGGAGACAGGCCAGCUCAUCGAGUGCGUGCGCUCCGUCUGCAGGGGAAAGGGGAAAAUUUUAGUGGGAACAAAAGAUGGAGAAAUUCUUGAAGUAGGAGAAAAAAAUGCUGCUUCAAACUUACUGAUUGACUGUCACAUGGAAGGGGAAAUCUGGGGCUUAGCAACUCACCCCUCCAAAGACAUAUUUAUCUCUGCAAGCAAUGAUGGAACAGCAAGAAUCUGGGACUUGUCUGACAAACUUUCCACCUGCUCGGUAGUUUUCUCCAGGGAAGAUAUGAGCCUAUUGCUUUUGUUCACACAGAAACUGCUGAACAAAGUGAAUCUAGGUCACCCAGCAAGAUGUGCUGCCUAUAGCCCUGAUGGGGAAAUGGUUGCCAUCGGCAUGAAGAACGGGGAAUUCGUUGUUUUACUGGUGAACAGCCUUAAGGUUUGGGGCAAAAAACGUGACAGGAAGUCUGCAAUCCAGGACAUCAGGAUCAGCCCAGAUAACAGGUUUUUGGCAGUGGGUUCACAAGAACAUACUGUAGAUUUUUAUGACCUCACUCAAGGUACAACCCUAAACCGAAUAGGCUACUGCAAAGACAUUGCAAGUUUUGUCAUACAGAUGGAUUUUUCGGCAGACAGCAGGUACAUUCAGGUAUCAACAGGUGCCUACAAGCGUCAAGUCCAUGAGGUACCACUAGGAAAGCAAAUAACGGAUCCUGUGUUGAUAGAAAAGAUCACAUGGGCCACGUGGACAAGCAUUCUUGGAGACGAAGUCAUUGGAAUUUGGCCACGAAAUGCAGAUAAAGCAGAUGUCAAUUGUGCAUGUGUGACCCAUGCUGGCCUAAAUAUAGUCACAGGAGAUGACUUUGGCCUGGUGAAACUGUUUGAUUUCCCAUGCACAGAAAAAUUUGCCAAACACAAGCGGUAUUUUGGGCACUCUGCACAUGUCACCAACAUACGCUUCUCUCACGAUGACAAGUACGUUGUCAGCACAGGAGGAGAUGACUGCAGUGUAUUUGUGUGGCGAUGUCUUUGAAAGGAGACUCUUCUUGCUGCUGUUACUGCCACCACCAAAUGACUGCUCUGGACUGGACAGCCAUGAAUGCCUCUAUCCCUUUGGCUGCUGUAACUUCCACCUGAUGCUGCAUGGAUUGCACUGUCAGACUACUCAUACAAACUGACUGAAUGUGAAUGUAAUCUUGGAGACCAAUAUCCUUGAGAAGGAAGCUGAAGUUUGAAAGCAAACACUUCUGUAACUUGGGUAGGCCAAAGUGACAAACAGUUCACUCAUGAAGCUGCUUUUGCCUAAUACUGUGUUAUUCAAACCCUGUCUGAAAGGGAAGCACACUGAGAAAACGCUGGGCCCUUUGAUUUGCCUGAUUUCCAAAUUUAUGGCUUGAACAUUUGUUCGUUAAAAGUUGGUGGGUUUUUUUUUUAACCACACGUGCUUCAAACUGAAAU